AAAAAGAUUAGAUUCACAAAGGAUGAGGCAGGAAGUUAACAAAAUAGCAGAGUUCAUAGAGGGAUUGAGAUCAGAAUUCAUUAUAACAGUUCAAUCUUCAUUGUCCAGAACAGUUGAUGAAGCCAUAAAUAAAGCUUUAACAUUAGAGACAGCAUAUUCAAUUGGAAUGGAAUUAUCUACAUACUCAAUGAUACCAAAUUAUCUCUAG